ACACUGAUAUCGUGGAAAAUUGACGUCAUGAUAAAAACUAAUUACUAAUCUCCCAGAUUUACCCUGUAGAUGUAGCCAAUGAAUAAACUUCAGUCGACUGUUCAGGGAGAAGACUUAUUUUAAUCUGGUGUUCAUUGUAGCACGAUGCUUUACCAUCCUGGUUUCCACGAGCAGUUAGGCUCUGUAAUGGACAAGUUAGCCAAGGCAGCUAUGACCGAAAUUUGCAGGCUUGUCGAUGACGGUUAUGCAGUGUUACGGCUGGAGAUAUCUCAAAAGCAGAAAGAAAAUGAAGACUUGAAGGGCAAAUUAAAGAUGUUAGAGCUGGUACUUGCACAAGAAUAUAGGGAGACAAGUGGGACAAGCCGGGUCGAUGCAAUAAACAGCUGUUCUAACUCUGAUAUCCAGGAUCGCGACAAAUUACAGGGGGCUAAUUUUCCCAGCAAAGCCAGAGAUCUUGACAUGCAGUUGGGAGUGGAUGUGUGGAGAGAUGGAGUGUGCGCCGCAACCGACACCUUGCAACCUGCACUAAGCGUGUCCCAGUGUGUAGCUGUAGAUGAGAGAAAGCCAAAAUCUCUGUUUAUCAAGGAGGAAGAUGCUGAAGAGGAAUUUGGAAGCAGAGUUCAAGAUGUGGAUAUCAACCUCAGCGACCAAAGACCAGAGCAGGUGCUUCUGGAUUGUGAGAAAACUGCUCUUAUUUUGGACAAGGAAAGUCUUUCUCUGCCCCAGGGGAUCACUUAUGAUUUUUGGGAGAACAGUGCAUUGGAAUCUGAUCUAAAAACAGAGAAAGAGAGUAGAAACCAAAGAUCCCAGCAUGCAAUAUCUGAACACAAUCUACAAACAGUGAACAAUAUGAACUCUGAAUACCUUAUGUAUGAGAAUCCCAAUCAGUCAAGGUCUUUUUGUCAAAAUAAGGGAGAAAUGGACACUGAACACACUACCUAUAGUUGUAAAAUAAAGAACUUGUCUGUUCAGCCAGAGCUACAGUCUACUCUGCCUUCAGAGAAAAGUUCUGAUAAUUGUUUCCCUCAUUUUGGAUCUUUAGAUGAAAAGCACAAAGUUAUUCAAACCAACUCAUUGUCUUUCAGUGGGGACUAUGAAGUGUGUUCAGCGUGGAAGAAAGACACAGAGGUGGGAGUGGUUCACGUGCAACACAAGCAUGUUGGUGAAAAUGGGCAAAGAAAGGGCACUGAGAUAGGCAGUGUCACCAAGAGCUGUUUGAUGGAUACACAAAUGACAGCUGUAGCAUUUUCAACAGCACCUAGAUCGUAUGCCGCAGAUGUCGACGUGUUUAUACCUGGUUAUAAAUGUUUUACUACGUCAGAAAGUGUAAAGUCGAAUGCCAGAUUUGGAACGCGAAAGAAAAGAUUUGUAUGCAAAUAUUGUGGGAAGAGCUGUACGCGUUCAACUGGUCUUAAAAUACAUCAGAGAGUUCAUACUGGAGAAAAACCAUUUAGCUGUACAUACUGUGACAAAAGGUUUUCGGAUGCAAGUAAUCUUAGGAAACAUCAAAGAUUUCACAGUGGAGAAAGACCAUUUAUUUGUGUCCAUUGUGAACGUGGUUCUCCCAGUAUAGCGAUGAACUGCGUGCAGCAACUGACAUUAGCUGCGCGUGGAGAUGAAGGGACACCUGCGCCGCCUCCACUGGCCGCAUCGACACGAGCUGCUGUAAGGGGGGACAAGCAUGCUGAUGUGAAGCAAACAAGGUCUGAAUGCCUGCCUAUCAAAGAGGAGAAACUUGAGGAAGUCUUAGAUAGCAGUGGGCAGGAUGACCUGCAGAAUACUAGCCAGCAGAUGCUCGGAGAGGUGCUUGGGAGCCAGUUGAUGGAAAACUUCAGAGGGGAGAACACGCCCACACAGGGGACAGAGAGCAUCACUGAGUGGCAGCAGGGCGGGCAAAUUGUUCCAAAGACCACUGCUUUGGAGAUGGAUGUGGUCCUCAAGUCAGAACCAGAGAAGGAGCUCCGUUGCCAAGGAUUUGAGCACAGGGGGGACGCACUGGGUCCUCACUGCUUGGCUCAUUUGAUGCACAAGCUGCCCAGUCCAGUGACUGACGAAAUGGAAGCAGAGGGCCGGCUAUGUUUGGAUGAUACAGCUGCACAGAUCUCCUCAGUCCCGCCGGAAUUUCAGCCCGUUCUGUCCUCCAUAGGGUCACUAAACACAAAACCUGAUGCCGUUCCAAUGAACUCUGCAUCUCUUGAGUAUGUGAUGCACUCGACAUGGAACAAAGAGACGGUUCACAUGCAGCACAAGCAGUACAGCGAAAACAGGGAAGCAGACCUUCAGACAGGUAGUGUACCCAGCACAGGUCCUAAGGUGACGCCUGCCUUAUCAUCCUAUGUCCCGGAAAUUAAUGGAAUUUUAACCAGUUAUAAACAUUUCACUGUACCAGAGACUGUGAAGUCCAGCGCAAAAGUCGGAGCAAAGAAUAAGCUGUUCAUGUGUAAAUAUUGUGGGAAGUGUUGCACUCGAUCAGGCAAUCUUAAAAGACACCAGAGGGUCCAUACAGGGGAAAAACCGUUUGGUUGCUCACAGUGUGGGAAGAAAUUCACACAGUCAUGUAGCCUUAAGAGGCAUCAAAGUAUUCACACAGCAGAAAAGCAGAAAAGCUUUUUAAAUGCACACAGUAUGGACAGAGGCUUUCUGAUUUAAAGUCUUCGAAGUCCACCUGACAAGAAGUCUCCUUUGCAGAACCCCUGUGCUUUUGAGAUGUUAUUGACCAUGUUAUCACAUACAGCUUUAUUUGCAGCUAAUUAGUUUUAAUCAAUUCAGUCAAUGUAAUAUGGAUAACACUAUUUUGUAACUAAAUUUAAAAUGUAUGGUUAAGAUGUGUUUCUUCAUUUUUCACGUUGCAAAAAUUUUCUUUAUGGCAUCUGGAUUUGUAAUGAGAAUUUCCAAUGUGUUUUACAAAGGGCGCAUAUUUUUCGUGAGCAGCGGUCAAAGUAAUGUACGAAGGGUCUUGGAGUAAGCAGUGAAGAAUAAACUAUUCUGGAAGAUAGGGAUAAUAUGCGGACAAUAUAAUAUAGGUAUUGUACGUCAUUCAAGUUGAACAGAACCAUUAUUUGUGUGAGAAAACAUUGUGAUAAACGAUAGAAGACAAAAUGAAUUCACAUGCUAUGUUAAGCAAUAUUUCUGCCAUCAGUUUAAGUGUUUCAAAAUGACGUACUAUUUUUGUAAAAUGUGCGGUAUGUUGAUUUCUUGGAGGUUUUUCAACGAAUGUGAAAAGAUCUGAUUAAAUUAUGGAGCACGGCCACUGAUACGUCCCGCCGCACGGCGCCGCUGAACACGAGCACAGCAACGUGCGCGUGCACGUGCAACCGCGCGGCCCCGCGCCACUUUUCGUGUGAUUACUACAUUUGGGCCGAAUGUAACUGUCGGCGCUCAUCUUAUUAGAAAACCUCUGUAUGGGCGGACAUGGUGAAAACAGCAUCAUUUAAAAUACACUGAUAAACCGUGACAAAAAGUAGGUGAAAAAUGUCGGAUAUAGUGGGUUUUCACUCGCAGCUGGCCUCCAUCAUGGAGGUAUUGGCUAACGCGGCCGUGGCGGAGAUCUGCAAGCUAGUGGACGAUGGAUACGCACUGCUGCGCUGGGAAAUGUCGCAAAGCCAGAAGGAGAACGAGCAGCUGAGGAGGAAAUUACGGGUGAUGGAGAUGAAGAUGGAGAUGAAAAUGUCGAAGGGAUGCUCGGAGAGAGGGAGAGCCCCGUCCAGCCCAGGCAACAAUAAAGUAGAAAGCAAUGGUACGGUUCUGGAAGCAUCUCUUAUUAGGAAGGAGCCGCGUAAAGAGGGAAGACAGCGGCCUCCACAGGAAAAGGCUGUGCAGUCCAUUGCUGAUGGUAAUGAGAGGGCAGCCGCUUUGGACGAAGAGACUUCGCCCGGUAAAAGCACAGAGGAGCUUGCCGAUGAGCACAGGAGCAGUCACGGUGCUUGGGAGUUGGAAGACAACGAGGAAACGGAGCCCGAAUCAACACGUGUCAAAAAGGAAAGGCUUGAGAAGGAAGUGUGGAACAACAGAUCACCAAGAAGAAUGAAGAUGACCGAGGAGGGAGCUGAUUAUGCAGCUGUCCUUGCUGUGGGUGACUCAGCUGUGCUGGAUGUGGAGCCCAGGAUUAAACACAGUGUUUGGGAACCCAGCGGACUGCAGACAGCCCUUAACAACCAAACAGAGAAAGGAAAUAAAAUCCCAAAUUUUCAACGUAGCGAGUCUGUGCAGAAGGCACAGAUUCUGAACACUUUUGGCUCCCAGUAUGAAAUGUAUGAAAGAGAUGGCCGGCGGAGAACUUACUUUACACAGGUGAUUGAUGACAUGGAGACCGAUAAUACGUCUUAUUUAUAUGCACCGGAGGUAAACUCUGACAGCCUCUCGCAGGACAUUGGAAAUCUUCAGCAAACUGCUGGAAGCUCUUUGUCCACUUUAGAACCUGAUGCAUGGAAGCCAGAGGUUGUACUGAUUCACUCGACAGCAGUAAAGACUGAGGUAGGCAUAUGUUCUGCUUGGGACGAGGAAGACGCGCCGGGAACAGUGCACACGGGUUGCAGACAAGUAGAAGACAAAAACACUGCGCUUCAGUCCGAAAGUAUCUUGUCCAGAGCAGAUGCCCUACAAGAAAGAGAAAGUGAAGCAGGAGCAAAAUGUGCCACAGGCACAUCUGAAUUUCUGUCGAAUCAGAGAGGUUUUACCAUCUCUGAAAGCACUGAAUCUCACUCCAGAGAGGACACAAGAGAUGAACCAUUUUUUACUACCUUUUUCCGAAACAGCUUCUGUGUUGCGAAAGACACUGAAGUUCGGAGAAGUCGCACAGGAGAGAAGCCUUUUGUUUGUGCGCAGUGUGGGAAACGAUUCACGCAUUCUGCCCAUCUUAAAAGACACCAGCGAGUGCACACCGGGGAAAAACCCUACAGCUGUACACAGUGUGAUAAGCGUUUCUCUCACCAGCAUCAGCUGAAAAUGCACCAGCGGGUCCACACUGGAGAGAGACCCUUUAACUGUGUACAUUGUGGAAAGCGCUUUACUCAGUCGAGUCAUAUUAAGAAACACAUGAGUGUUCAUAUGGGGCAGAAACUUUAAAGCUAUGUUACAUGUGGAGAGCACUUGUAAUUGGGAGUCUCAAUAACCAUCAGUAUGUUCACACAGAAGGGUAACUUGUGUCAAAAAUCCAAAUGCAGUUUUUAGACAAGGCUUAGUUCAAUAUCAGCCAUAAAAGCAUUAGCAGGAAGCCUGCGCCCUGAGUUCCAGGGGGGAAAAUGUUUUUAUUAAUAAUAAUUUUGAUUUAACAGGAAGAGGAAGUUGACGAUGUCACACCCUCACAAAUGUGAUGUCAUCUUAAACCCCUACAUAUCCUCUUUAAGGAACAACAGGACUUCAUAGAGUAGGCAGGACAAUAUGAGAGAUGAGCAAAAACAGUCUGCUCUACAGAGGACAAAUUAAUGGCUGGAUCUCAGGAAGAUAUGUUUUAUAUUAUAAUCUUAUUUUCUAUAUGAUUAGUCUGCCCAGGUGUCACCAUGCUUGUUUCUUUGUAUUACAUUUUUUUCCCCCAAUUGUUGGUAAAAUCUUAGCUUUGAAAUAAAAUUUCUGAGAUCUUUGUGUGGUUUUGCAAUAUAUAGUUUGAGGAAAUAAACCCCAAUUGUGUCA